AAACUCACUGGUCAAAAUUUGACUAGCAGAACCAUGCAGUUCCGUGUACAGUUCGUGCAGUUACACUAAUGGUGUAUCACCGAUUUCCAGUCUGCCAUCGUUCUCGGUGAAGCUCGAGCUCUUCCAUGGAAAUCGCUCUCUCCUCCGUUUCUCACUCCUUUUCCCUGCCGAGGAACUCCUCCUCUCUCUCCGCGCAGUUCGCCUCACUUCCUUCAUUCAAAUACGCGAAUUUCUCCCACUCGAAGCAAUUGUAUCUCAGGCGGCAGUCGAUUUCGCGCCAAAAGCGUGCGUUCAUAGCUCGCGCGAACUCCGACAGCGCGAUCGAUAACAGAGACGAACACGACGAUGAUUUUGUCCUGGAAGACGUUCCGCACUUGACUGAUUUCCUCCCCGAUUUGCCGUCAUUUCCCAAUCCAUUGAAGAAAACCCAAGCUUACGCCAUUGUCAAGAAGACAUUUGUGAGCCCUGAAGAUGUGGUGGCACAAAAUAUUGUUGUCCAGAAGGAAAGUCCUCGGGGGACACAUUUUCGGCGGGCAGGGCCCCGUGAGAAGGUAUACUUCAAGCCAGAGGAAGUUCAGGCUUGUGUUGUGACAUGUGGUGGUUUAUGCCCGGGAAUUAAUACGGUGAUACGAGAGAUAGUUUGUGGUUUGAGUAAUAUGUAUGGUGUAGAUCAGAUACUUGGCAUUCAGGGGGGUUAUCGAGGGUUCUACUCUAAAAAUACUGUCCAAUUGAUGCCGAGAUCUGUUAAUGAUAUUCAUAAACGUGGUGGGACUGUCUUGCAAACAUCAAGAGGAGGUCAUGAUACAAAUAAGAUUGUUGACAAUAUUCAGGAUCGCGGUAUAAACCAGGUUUACAUAAUUGGAGGGGAUGGUACUCAAAAAGGGGCUGCCGCAAUUUACAAGGAAGUGGAGAGGCGUGGGCUGAAAGUUGCAGUAGCUGGAAUUCCCAAAACAAUUGACAAUGACAUUACCGUAAUAGACAAAUCUUUUGGCUUUGAUACUGCUGUAGAGGAGGCGCAGAGAGCAAUAAAUGCUGCACAUGUUGAAGUUGAGAGUGUAGAAAAUGGAGUUGGAAUCGUGAAACUUAUGGGUCGAUACAGUGGAUUCAUCGCUAUGCAUGCAACUUUGGCGAGCCGUGAUGUGGAUUGUUGCUUAAUACCCGAGUCCCCGUUCUACUUGGAAGGCCAGGGAGGGCUGUUUGAAUUUAUCGAUCAGAGGAUUAAAGAAAAUGGGCAUAUGGUGAUUGUGUUGGCUGAAGGUGCUGGACAAGAAUUUUUGGCGAAAAGCUUGCAAGCAACCGAUGAAAAAGAUGCAUCAGGGAACAGGCUACUAUUGGAUGUUGGCCUCUGGUUAACACAAAAGAUCAAGGACCAUUUUACAAAUUCCCGCAACAUGCCAGUCUAUAUGAAAUACAUUGAUCCCACUUACAUGAUUCGGGCAAUACCUAGUAAUGCCUCAGACAACAUCUACUGCACACUUCUUGCCCACAGUGCAGUUCACGGAGCCAUGGCAGGAUUUACUGGAUUCACCGUCGGACCUGUGAACAACAGACAUGCCUAUAUUCCUAUCGGGCGGGUAACUGAAGCUACAAACAUGGUGAAACUGACCGAUAGGAUGUGGGCUCGGCUUCUUGCAUCCACAAAUCAACCAAGCUUUCUAGGCUGUGAAGUUGUGCAGGAAAGAGUUAACAGAGAGACCAUCGAUGAGAUCAACAAUUUGAGAAUUACAUCCAUCUAGAAUUCGCUAGUGCAUCAUUUUCUCGGAAAAUUUUUAUUCUGCCUACUGCUCGUCUUUUAUGCAUCGACUCAGGCUCUCUUCGAUUCAAAAUGACCACAAGCAGUACUGGAGACAGGUACUUUCCAUCACAUUUGAUUACUACCGUUUUAGUAUAUUCCCCGGUAAAAAUUUACAUCGAUUGUUUUUGCAAGUCAUGAGCUUUAAUGCUGCUGCUAUUCGAUUGACCUGCAAUGCAAUCUGUUUUAUCUGUUUAUGAUAUACUCUACAUCAUUGAUUAUUGUUCAUUUGUUCAUUUGUCA